AUGUGUUUUGAUCUAUCUAUCUAUCUAUCUAUCUCAGUCUGCUUCUACAUAUUUAUCGCAAUCUGUCUGUCUGUCUGUCUCUCUCUCUCUAUAUAUAUAUAUAUCUUCUACUUAUCUAUCACAAUCCGUUUCUUUCUAUCUAAAUGUAUUUCUAUCUAUCUAAAUCUGUUUCCUUCUCUCUGUCUAUCUAUCUAUGUUUCUUUCUAUCUAUCUAAAUCUUUUUCUAUCUAUCUAAAUCUGUUUCUUUCUAUCUAUCUAUCUAAAUCUGUUUCUUUCUAUCUAUCUAUCUAUCUAUCUAAAUCUGUUUCUUUCUAUCUAUCUAUCUAUGUUUCUAUCUAUCUAUCUAUCUAUCUAAAUCUGUUUCUUUCUAUCUAUCUAUAUCUGUUUCUAUCUAUCUAUAUCUGUUUCUAUCUAUCUAUAUCUGUUUCUAUCUAUCUAUCUAUCUAUAUAUGUUUCUUUCUAUCUAUAUCUGUAUCUAUCUAUCUAUAUCUGUUUCUUUCUAUCUAUAUCUGUAUCUAUCUAUCUAUCUAA